AAUUAAACUAACACAAUAUAAAAUGUCGAUUAGUAAGCUUUAGGGGUGGUGGUAUGCAGAUUUUGUGCUAAAGUAAGCUAACUAAUCCAUUAAAAUGUUACACACUAAACGUUUUUCACAGCGUUUUAACUUUGGAAAUGUACAGAAGUUACUAACACUUUUAACAAUGUCUCAAAGACUACAUUCAAACUGCGAGCCUCAGCACUUAAUUAUGAUUUAGUGCUCAGAUCUGAGUUUCUUUUUUUGUUUGACUAUUCACAUUACUUUUUAAAUGUGACCUAGAUCAGAUUCUGAUGAAUGUCGAUCAAGAGUCACACUGCAAACAACUUGAUCUGAUUGGGAGCACGUAUAAAAGUGGCCUGAAUCAGAAUUGAAAAGAUUUGAUUCCAAACUGUAAAUAAACAUAAGAAUAGAUCUGACUCACAGGUGAGCAAAGAGAAAAUCUGAUUUGGGCCACUUUGGUCUGUAGUCUUAAUGUGUCGUCCCAGUAAACUACAACAGUGAGCCAGCAUGCACAAUCAAUAUCCUGAAACUGAAGCAGCUAAAUUAAAGUCAGUCACAUCAAACGUAUUGUUGCCAAGGAGCAAAGGAAACAUAAUGGAAAGAUUGUUGUGUAGAAUCCAAGUUUGAUGCUUCUCUUUCUGUUUUUUCUUGCCAGGUUUUGUCGAAAUGUAUUUUUUAUUUUCUUUCAAUGAUGAGACUAUGUUAAGCUUUUGUUUGAUUUCAGUAAAAACACCAACAUCGACAUCUCCUGCUUCAUCAACCCAGUCAACCACUGCAUCUGGUAGAAGAAAUGUACAAACAUCAACAUCUCCUGUUUCUUCAACUACUUCAUCUGCUCAGCAGUCAAUGACUUCAACAUCUGCUGAAAGAGAUGAUGGCUCUCAGGUCGUCAUUACUGUGGGUGUCUGUGUUGCUGUACUGCUGCUGCUGUUUGUCAUCAUUUUGAUUCUCAUCUACAAACGAUGUUCACAUUCAAAACACACAAGAAAUGGAGCAGCAGCGCAGCACACCAGAGAGGAUUAUAUCUACGAGGAGGUACAGGAGCGCCCAGAGACCAGACUCAGGAAUGCAGUGACCACGAUUUAUGCCACUGCCAACUUUCCCACAAACCCCUCUGCCUCACUGGAUUACUCUACCAUCAACUUUAAAAACAGCUCUGAUAAAGCUGGUGGUGAGGCAGUGAUCCUCAAAACCCAGCUCCUCUGGCCUGUGAAUACUCUACUGUGAAGUACAGCCAAAGUCCAACCUACUCUACUGUCAAUGAACCAUCCAGAUCUCCAGAGGAUCCGCUCUACUCAACAGUCAACAAACCAAUGAGUUACCAUAAGUAGCAAUGAGGAAAGAUUAAUCGGUCCAGGCUGAUAUUUCAACAACUAUUCAAUGGAUUCUCAUAAAAGUUCCUAUAGGAAUUUCCAGAAAACGAUUUCUUUUUACUUUUGUCAUUCCCUGACCUUUCAUUUGAUGCCACCUGAAGAUCACAUUUGAGAUUAAGUUCAAUAUCAAUAACAACUCUUUGGACAUUCAUGCCUUGUUCAGGAUGAAUUAUAGUAACUCUGAUGAUCCCAUUCAUUUUCAUCUGGUUUCAUCAUCAGGUUUGAUUUUAUAACAAUAUCUGCACAAUAAUGACAUUCCCAUCAGCCUAGUAUAGCAAAAGUAAAAGCUUUAAUGAAAGGAGAUGUUUUGUGAUGUGAUGCUUCAUACUGUGUUAUGGCAAUCAUAGAUUAUAAAAACAAAAUAGAGUCAAGGAGACAGUGAUUAAAAUGUUGCCAAUUGUUUAGUACAUGGUAUAAUAGCCUCUUAAUUUAACCUUGUUAGAUUUACUGUAUGCAGGGUUUGAUUUGAUUUGUUGAUGUGUUUCCCUGUUUGAACUGCUCUUCUAGUGUUGACCUUAGCCUUCCUCAUGAUUCUGUAAGCAUGUAUAUUCUGUCUCUGCUGCAAUAA